AUGCCUGGAGAUCGUGAUGCAGUAAUCAUGACUAGAGGACAGACGCCGAGGGCCUCCUUUAGCCAGAAUAUUUCUGGAGUGAGCGCAGCUUCGGGUGGAAAAGUGUUCGCAGGGUAUACGGAUAAUAAUCGGAUUGAGAGCGACAAGGGUGGACUUUUGAAGGACUCCUAUCGCUGGGUCCUCGGUCAUGACGAUUUUAAGGAGUCGCAAAAUGACACAGAGAGCCAGCUGCUCUGGAUCAAGGGCGAUCCUGGAAAGGGCAAGACGAUGUUACUGUGCGGAAUCAUCAAUGAGCUGACUGCGGCAACUGCAGAGGAUACAACCACGAUAUCGUUCUUUUUCUGCCAGGCCGCUCUACCUCCAGCCCUGAUCACACAUAUACGAAAAGACUACGAUAAAGCUGGGAAACAGCUUUUUGAGGGCGUCAAUGCGUGGCACGCAUUAUCAGGGAUCUUCACCAGUAUCUUGAAAGAUCCGCUCUUACAGCGCACUUAUCUAAUCAUUGAUGGACUCGACCAAUGCGCCCACGGCCUACCCCUACUGCUCGAUCUCGUGUCCGAAGAUUCAUCGGCGAAUCCGAACGUCAAAUGGAUUGUCUCCAGUCGUAACUGGAAAGACAUCAAACAGUCUUUUGAUACUGCGGAUGGAAAAAUAAGGAUUUGUCUGGAGUUGAACGAAAACUCCAUCUCCGAAGCCGUGACCAUCUACAUUCGCCACAAGGUUCAGAUAUUGGCAAAGCUGAAGAAAUUCGACGAGGAGCUGAUCUUAUCUACAAACGGGGGUUGUGGCAAACAUCCCUCACAACAGGAACUUCUUGAAGCGGUUCGCUGCCACUUGUUGUCUAACGCACAUGGUACUUUCCUUUGGGUGGCAUUGGUCUGCGACCAGCCCAAGAAAGGAAAAGCGCGAAACGCCAACAAACUGCUGAAUUCCUUUCCAGCAGGGCUGGAUCCCCUGUGCGAGCGGAUGAUGGGACAUAUUCAGGACUCAGAGAAUGCAGAAGAUGCAGAGCUUUGCAAACGUAUUUUAGCCGUCGUCGCUAUUGUGUACCGGCCCAUUACUCUUGAUGAACUACCAGCCUUGGUCGAAAUACCUGAUCCUGUCUCCAGAAGAGACCGAGAUUUGGCAGAUUUGAUUGCGGACUGUGGUUCUUUUCUGAACCUCCACGGCCGUACAGUCUCUCUUGUUCACCAAUCUGCAAAAGACUUUUUGCUCAAAGAUGCAUCAAACAAGAAGUUUUCCGUUUUCCCCCAGGUUGUCAAAGCCAUACAUCAGAAAAUCCUUUUCCGCUCGAUACAGGCCAUAUUCGAGACCCUUCGGCGGGAUAUCUACAACAUCAAACAUCCUGGAUUUCCAAUUGAACGAGUCAGAGAGCGUAAUCCGGAUCCAUUGGCAAUAGCACGAUACUCGUGUGUCUAUUGGGUCGACCACCUGAAGGAUUGUGAUUCGGAUCCAAACAUCGAUCAGAGCCUCCAAGAAGGUGGCGCCGUGGAUGUUUUUCUCCGACAGAAAUAUCUGCACUGGAUUGAAGCCUUGAGUCUUCUUAGAAGAAUUUCUGAUGGCAUAGCGGCGAUAGCCAAGCUUGGUAGCUUACUCCAGGUAAGCGGUCAGAAUUACACCGACGGAUUUUAA